AUGACAGAGAUCCAAUACAUCAAAGGCGACGCCACAACCCCGUUGGCCCCACCCGACAGCAAUCGCAUCAUAGUUCAUGUCUGCAACGACAUUGGUGGCUGGGGAAUGGGCUUUGUUUUGGCCAUUUCCAGAAAAUGGGACGAACCCGAAGUAGCCUACCGUGGAUACGCCCAAAAAUGCAAGGAGCCCUUUCUCCGCCUCGGGGCGGUCCAACUAGUACAAGUCGAAGACUCGCUGUGGGUCGCCAAUCUCAUUGGACAACACAAGAUUGGAAGACCCAAAAAUGGAGGACCACCGCCCAUUCGAUACGAGGCGGUGCGACGAGGCUUGAAACGUGUGGCGGAAAAGGCUGUCGUGUUGGGAGCGUCGGUCCACAUGCCACGGAUUGGCUGUGGCUUGGCAGGAGGGACAUGGGAUGUCAUGGGACCCAUCAUUGAGGAAGAACUCUGUGCGCUGGAUAUUCCCGUGACUGUAUAUGAUUAUGAACCACCCGUCACAAAAAAGAGAAAGGCUUCAUCGCAACCGAAACAGCAACAUCACACAAACCAAAAAUCAAUUACGGAAUGGGCAAAACCAAAAACGAAGAGUUGA